CCAAGUGCCAGUGAUGAUAAGGUUCUAAAGGAAAACAUGUCCAGCAUUUCUUCCUUCGGUAUUUGUUGAGAGAGCAAACGAGAGAUGGCAGAAGUUGGUCAUUUGGUAUCAGCAAGACUUAUUAAGCUUCCCACUGUAAAGCCAGCAAACCCCAAACCCUCUAAAUUGGUGUCUCAUUCAUUCAAAAUCAGAGCUGCUUCAAAAAGAAACUCUUUCUCUCUGAACAACAAAAAGAACAGCAGGAGUCUGAUCAAAAUAUCAACAGCAGAUGGGAGAUGGCAUGGGAAUUGGUGCUGUGAUUACCUUCUCUCCCUCCAUGACCUGCGUUUGGAAGAUUUGAUUGAAGAUGAAAAUGAAAAGGAUGCACAAGUUUCAGUUAAUCUCUGCGUCCAGAAGCAUGCUAGCUUUGGCUUCUCUGUUGAUGGAAAGAUCAUGACAUCAUUCACCAGAAAAUGUAGCAACUGCUCUUCUCCAUACUGCAGAAAGAUCAACACACAAUUUAAUGUAUGGGUUCUGUCAUCAAGCAGAGACGAGCACACAAUUCAACUGCCUGAGAUCGGUGGUGACGAUCCAUCAGUAAUCUAUGUGAAGCCUGGAAAUGAAGCUGAACUCGAUUCGCUGAUACAGGACACGAUACGGCUUGCCACCUCCAUAAAAGAUACUUGUUCAGAGCUGUGUGAGAAAUCUUACCCAACUGUAGAGUACAUUGGUGGACAAAGCACUGCUUCUAUUGAUAAGAGGUGGUCUAGACUCUUGGAGCUAAGGGAUUUGCAAUAAUAUGCACAAAGUUGGAAACUAAGCCUUCAUAAAAUGGGAGGAAUUGUUCUAUCUACAUCUAUGGUGUGUUUAUAUCAGUGUAAAUAGUAUUUUGUAAAGACAAUAAAGAGUUUUAUGUCAAUGAAAUACAUUGUUGCUAGUUUCA